CUGGAACGUACAGUAGGGUACGGCACGGUAAUUGGAAACACGGAAGUUUCUGCUCUGCGACUUUACUAAAAUAUUUGUGUAAAAAUAAACGUUAACAAUGAGCCAGAUUGAAUGGGCAAUGUGGGCAAACGAACAAGCACUUACAAGCUGUUCUGUUUUGCUAUUGGGGAGCGCAGUUGAUAUAGCUGGUAUGUUUAACAGAUGGCAGUUUGGAAUAUAUGGACUUAUUGCUAGCCUGUUUAUACUAGUAAUUGAAUGGCCAAGAAGUAAACGGAAAAAAGGCAGCACAGUGCUUAGACGUUUUCAAAGACCAUUCACUUUGGCUGUUGAUAAGCUUGGCCUAUUGGGAAGAAACUAUUUUAUCAGAUUUAUAGCUUAUCUCUUAAUGUGUAUACCAUGUUGUUUCACGCUUGCCACUCUCCUCGGAGGUGUCUGCUUACUCUGCACAGGGGGAAUCUAUUUCUUGGCUGCUAUUAAAGGUGAAGAAUGGGCUCCAGCUGGACUGGAUGAGAAAAGUCAAGUGAAGCGGGUAACCAGUCUACAUCCUCCAAAGAAAGCACCGCCACGUCCCAACACGAGAGAUGUGGAGAGUGUUGGUACGGAGAAUAUUGAUAUGGAAAUAGUGGAGGAAACUGGGCAACCUACGGAGCGGUCUAAACCAACGAGGCCUCCACCACGACCAAUGGUUGUGUCUAGGGAUGGAAUACAAGACACUAGCCGAUAAUGAGACUGAACUCUGGAGUCAUAUUCAUCAGCCCCAUUUAUCUAAAUUUAGAUUGUACUAUGAAAUGCAAAUUUUUUAAUUUAAUAGCUUUAUUUCUUUAAAAAUACUGCAGAUUUUCAGAAGAAUAUAUGCAUAAUAAAGUUAUGGCAACUAGGAAGUUUAAGAGAUUUAAAUUUAAGACAUUAAACAGAUGAAUUUUGGCCCAGAAGAUAUCUGUAUAGGGAAAUCUAGGAAUCUCUUGUAUACACAAUGUUUCUUUCUAUUUAGGAUGUUAUUCACUGUAAAAAAAAUGUUAAUAUAGGAAAGGUGAAAUAUUUUGAGUUAUGUAGUACCAGUAUAUAAUUAAAAUCAAUGCAAGCUAUAUUGUUAUAAAGCGAAUAAAUACGAUCUUUUUAUGAGGUGCAAUGUUUUUUCACCAUUUAAGUAUGGCAGGCUAGUUAUAGGAUUGACAGAA